UUUUUUCGGGGGAGAAUUCAAUGAAAAAGUGCUGAUUUUUCAGGCGGCCUUUGACUGCAGAUGACAGCCUUGAGCGGUCCUCUACACCUUGGGGCUUGGUGUUCGUAUACGUAAGAGCCGCUUAGACUAGUGCAAUCCUGAAUCAAUAACAACAAUCUCGGAAACCGACCAUCCUUGCAAGGCGGUCAUGGCGCCAUGGCUGAAAUAGUCUAACCGAAUGAUUUGACGGAACUAAUGUGCAGAUUCGUCGCAGUGCGCAUGUAUGGAGCAUACAAACUGCAAGUCAUCCCAGUGACUGUCUCCAAGCUGUCGGUCCUGUUAAUCUGUACAGCCAUGGCAUUCCCUCUACAAUUUGGGAUCACUUUACCGAACGUAUUGGUUUACUUGUUUGUUCUGUGUGCGAUUGGUCUUGCGAUACAGCGUCGAUACUUUUCUGCUUUGAGCAAUAUACCAGGUCCUUUUUGGGCAUCCAUAACGCGCCUUUGGAAUGUAUGGUAUAUCGUGAAAGGAGACCACAACUUACGUCUUAUCGAUUUACAUGCCAAACAUGGACAUUUCGUACGGCUAUCACCCGACGAGGUGAGCAUCAGUCACCCUGAUGGGCCUAGAGUUGUACUUCAAGCGCUGCUUCGCAAGUCGGAUUGGUAUCGCAUUUUCAGUCUCCCCGAUUAUCGCUACCGGGCGCCGCAAGCUGAGCUUGACCCAAAAACCAAGAUCAAACGAUCUAAACUCUUCCUCUCAGGCUUUUCGCUCUCGCAUCUACUCAAGUCCGAGGAACACUUUGAUCGAAAUAUCGAGCGGCUCUUGGAAUGGAUGAACAAGCACGCUCAAGAGCAUCGGCCCAUGCACUUGGACAAAUUUUUCUCGUACGCCGCAUUCGACAAUGCGGGAGAAGCAGUAUUUUCUCAGUCCUUCGGCUUCCUUGAGAAAGGCGAAGACGUUGGAGGCUCUAUUCAGAACAGCCGGUACUUGAACCGAUAUCUUGGAAUUGCGGGAUACGCUUAUUGGCUGCAUGUUCUCCUUGUUGCAAACCCUAUCAUGACAUGGACGGGUAUAUUGCCUCUAGGACACGUUUUUCACACUUCCAAAGCUGCAUUGGAGAAGCGUCGCAAAGACCCUGGUGCGCGCUUCGAUAUCAUUGCUCACUGGCUGAAAACGCAGAAAGAGCGCCCGGACCAGCUGAGCGAUCGCAACAUAGAGGCUCAAGCUACCCUCAGUGUUGCAGCGGGGUCUGAUACACUUUCUUGUUCUCUACAAUCGUUCGUGUACCACCUACUUAGACAUCCUGUGUUCUGGCAACGAGCACAGGCCGAGAUCAAAGAUGCGCAGAGCCAAGGUCGCUGUACCGGACGCGUUGUGUCAUACCAUGAUUCACAGCAGCUUCCGUUUCUACAGGCUUGCAUCCACGAGUCUUUGAGGAUAUACGGACCUAGUCCCUUCGGCCUCGCAAGAAUAGCGCCGGAGGGUGGAAUCACUAUUGGUGAAACUUAUUUCCCCAAAGGGACGAUAUUGUCCAUCAAUCCACAGGUGAUGCAAAAGUCUGAAGCCUGCUGGGGGCCAGACGUAAACGAGUUCAAGCCAGAUAGAUGGAUGGAUGGGGAAAUUGCUGCGCGAUAUAAGCACAUGCUUGUGUUCGGAAUGGGAUACAAUAGAUGUCCUGGAGAACAUUUGGCCUACCUCCAAAUAUCUAAGAUCGCGGCUACGAUUGUACGCGAUUAUUCGAUCCGCCAGGUAGACCCUGAGCAGAAGUGGACGAUCGAAACUUAUCUCAACUGUGUUCCCCAUUCAUGGCCUGUCUACAUUCAGAAGUUGGGAGAGAAGGCGUAA